CCUAUCCAUUCGCAGUUCACCUGUCAAUUCUCAGUUUAGUCACACCAUCUAAUAUACUACAUUAGCAAAAAUUCAUUCAUCGAUGGCAGCAAAUUAUAUAAAAAGUUACCUUUUAUCAACACCACGUUUUUCAGCAAUUCUUGCCAAUGUAAGGACAUAUUGUAAAGUUCAGCAACCAGCUCCACAUUUUAAAGGUACAGCGGUAGUUGAUUGCAAAUUUAAAGAUAUACAGCUAACAGAUUAUAAAGGAAAAUAUUUAGUUUUCUUUUUUUACCCCCUUGAUUUUACCUUUGUUUGCCCUACUGAAAUUAUAGCAUUUAGUGAUAAAGUUAAAGAUUUUAAAGCAAUAAAUACAGAGGUUGUAGCAGUAUCAACUGAUUCACAUUAUAGUCAUCUUGCAUGGAUUAACCUACCAAGAAAGAGUGGUGGUUUAGGUCAUUUAGAUAUCCCAUUGUUAUCAGAUUUUUCAAAAACAAUUUCAAGAGAUUAUGGAGUUUUAAUAGAUGAGCCAGGUAUUGCAUUAAGAGGAUUGUUUAUUAUUGAUCCUAAGGGAAUCAUCAGGCAUCUAAGUAUAAAUGAUUUGCCAGUUGGUCGAUCAGUUGAUGAAACUCUACGUUUAGUCAAAGCAUACCAAUUUGUUGAAAAACAUGGUGAAGUUUGCCCUGCUAAUUGGACACCAGAUUCUCCUACAAUUAAGCCAACCCCUAUAGAUUCUAAGAAAUAUUUUGAAAAAGUCAAUUAGCUAUUAUUUUACAAUUUUACACAUCAUUUAUUUUGAAUGUAAAUAUUUAGCAUGGAUUUAUUGUUUAAUAAAUAAUAAUGACAAUUAUAAGGUUUGUAAAUCACAUUGGUUUGCUAAUACUAUUUUUGUAUUUAAUUUAAUGAUGUUCUAAAAGAUGUUGUACAAUUUUAUCCAGUAUAAUUUUCUAUAAUCUGAUGUAUGCAAUUCA